GUUAAUAGACGAUCCUUCCUUCAUCCAUCCUUAGCUCAUUGGAACACAUGUGUGAUAUCUGAGGUUCAUAAUGUUCUUGUGGUAUUAAAGAACUACAAAAUCUGGAAAAUCAACUGGAGAUUAGCCCGAAGGGUGUUCGAAUAAAAAAGGAUCUCAUUUUGACUAAUGAGAUUAAAGAACUACACCAAAAGGUACCAGGAGGAGUCUGGUUUUCUUAAAGGGUGUGAUGGCAUGGGAUCUACAUGCACCUUCACAGAAUCUAUAUUACGCAACUGUGGUUUUCGCACUGGGCUUUUCACUUCUCCUCAUCUAAUUGAUAUACGAGAAAGAUUCCGUUUAGAUGGUGUGGAAAUCUGCGAAGAGAAAUUUUUAGCAUAUUUCUGGUGGUGUUAUGAUAGACUAAAGGAAAAAACUGAUGACAGUGUUCCUAUGCCUACCUUUUUUCACUUCCUUGCUUUACUCGCCUUCAAGAUAUUUUCAGAAGAGCAGGUGGAUGUUUGCAUAAUGGAGGUUGGGUUAGGUGGCAAAUACGAUGCAACAAAUGUGGUGCAAGCACCUAUUGUGUAUGGUAUAACUUCUCUUGGGUAUGACCACAUGGAAAUUCUUGGGAAUACGCUUGGAGAAAUUGCAGGUGAGAAGGCUGGAAUCUUCAAGCAUCGGAUUCCUGCAUUUACAGUGACUCAACCUGAUGAAGCAAUGCAUGUACUUAAAGAUAAGGCUUCUCAGUUGAAUGUACCUCUUCAAGUGACAGAACCAUUAGAUGUCAAAUUACUAAAUGGUUUAAAACUAGGGCUUGAAGGUGAGCACCAAUAUGUAAAUGCUGGUCUUGCUGUUGCAUUAUGCUCUACAUGGAUGAAGAUCAAUGGACAUCUCGAAGAGACUCAUGUGAAACAGAUUCAACACACUUUGCCAGAGCAGUUCGUAAAAGGUUUAGCUACCGCAAGUCUGCAAGGAAGGGCUCAGAUUGUUCGUGACGAACACAUCAAUAAUGAAAUAUCAAAUGAACUUUUCUUCUUUUUAGACGGAGCUCACAGUCCUGAAAGCAUGGAAGCAUGUGCAAGGUGGUUUUCUCUUGCAAUCAAAGACCAUAACCUGACCUUGUUUUCUCAGAAACCUGAUCCUUCCAAGUUUUUAAAUGAAGUGGUGAAGACGCGCGGAGGUGAAGCACAAAAAUCUGCGCAGGUAGAUUUGACUGGUUUAUCACUGUACCACAAAGUUGGAUCCCAUGCUUUAACACCAACUGAUUCUAACAUUGACCUGUCAUGGCAGUUCACUCUACAAAAAGUAUGGGAAAAUCUCAUGCAAGGGAACAAAGGCAAGAAUAGCGGGGUGGCUUCUGAAGAUUUAACUGGUAUGGAAAUGAGUGUCAACAAUUGUGAACACAGUGCAGUGUUUUCAUCAUUGCCGCUGGUUAUUAAUUGGCUUAGGGACAGAGUGCAGAUUAAAGAACUACACCAAAAGGAAACUCUUGUCCAUCAAGAAAAUUUCGAACUCCAUAAAAAGAUGGACUUCAUCCAGAAAGAAAAUGCAGAAGAAGGUUUAUGAAGCAAGGAGUAUAACUGAAGAUAAUGUGGCAACCAAUCUUUCAUGCACUAUCAGAAAUGGAUAUGAUUUACAUGCGCCGAUCAGUCUCCAGCUAAGCCAGCCACAGGCUCAAUACAGUGAAUCAGCAACCAAAAACAUGAAAUUAGGAUUACAGCUGCAUUCCUAACAAAGCUGUCAUGAACCAGAUCAAAUAAAAAAUCAUGCUGUGUGUGGGAUCUUGUAGUUCACCAGCCACAUUGUUCAAUUCGACAGAAUAGGGUAUGAGAUUGUCUAUCAAGAAAGUUAAAAUUGGUGUUAAAGAUCAGACAUUAAUGACUGCCUUUGUAAAUUUUAUGCAAUAAGAUAUCAAUGAUUGUUGUACCUGGUAUUGUUUUAUAUGAUUUCUAAGUGUUUCUCAUGAUCAAUUAAAUGGAAUUCGGAACACAACUUCCUGCGA